GGUCCAUUUUGUUGUUGACCUCUUCAUAACAAUACAUCUUCCUUAUAAUUAAUUCCAAAACGAGAGAGAAAAGGGGAAGAUGAAGUAGAGCUCAAGAGAGUUAGAAGAAGUGGAUAUGGCGGAGGCAAUUGUAUUAUCGGCGGUGGAAAAGCUGGAGAAUCUGCUGGUGAUUGAGGAGGGUGUUUCCAAACAUCGAAAAACAGCAAAGCAGGAGAAGGAGGAGCUAGUAGUAGUAGUGGAAGGGCUGAGAGAUGAUCUCAGAGGGAUGCUGUCUCUCUUCACUAACAACAGCACCAAGGAAUCUGGAGAUUACAUAUCUCGAGUCACGGAGAUUGCUCACGACGUGGACGUCGCCAUUGAUAACUACAUCCUGCAGGAUACUCAACCAAAAUCGGCUUUUUUUAAAUUCUUUAAACCCAGUAGCGGCCAAGUAAUGAAUACAUUCCAUGGCAUGCGGAUCUGUCUCCAAGUUCUCUGGAGUGAAUUUUCUAGAUCUGAGGAGGCGGGUCCCACCAGUCGCCGGAUUCCUCCGGCAGUCGAAGUAGAAGUGGGGGUGGUGGAGGGCAUGAAGGAGGAUGUGGAAUUGGUGCUCCGGAAAGCGAUCUUCUUGGAGGAGUCGGCGCAGGGGCUCGCAACAUCGUGUAUCGUGGGCAUGGGGGGUGUGGGGAAGACCACUCUUGCUCAGAUGCUAUACACCCAUGAGCGCGUGGCUUCUGAAUUUGAGAUCCGCGCUUGGGUGUAUGUUUCCACUGAAUUCACUUCAAAACAGGUGCUUAAGGAACUAAUUCUACAGUUCGGAGUGAAUUACGAUGAGGUGGACGCCCACGAGCCUAGCCGCCUCCGCGACAUGGUGUUCCAACACCUUCACACCAGACGAUAUUUCAUAAUUCUUGACCACGUUUGGAGGGACCAAGACUUGGACUUCGUCUUCACCGCUUUUCCUCAUAACGAAAAAGCAAGUAGAUUGUUGGUGACCAGUCGUAUUCGGGAUAUAAUAGGCCAUGCCCAAUACAUUCAUGAGAGGAGAACUCUUGAUCAUAUUCAGAGUUGGAGAUUGUUCUUGAAGACGGUAUUCGGAGAGUACAAUAAAUGCCCCAACCACUUGGUGGAAAUAGGGAGAAAGAUCGUUACAAGGUGUGACGGUUUGCCGUUGGCAAUAAUGGAAGCUGGAGGCAAGUUGUCUGUAAAGGAACAGUCGGAGAGUGAAUGGGCAAGUUUUCUAGAAUCAAUGGAUUUAAGUUCAACAUCAGAAAUAUUGGAGUUGAGCUACCACAAAAUGCGUUCUCCAAUAAUGAAAUCAUGCUUCUUGCAUGUGGGCUCUUUCAUGGAAGGUACAACUAUAAGAGUCCAAAAAUUGGUACAAUUAUGGACUGCAGGAGGAAUAUUGGACGUCUCACGAGGAAAAGAGAAAAGUAAAACCGAUGAGGAAAUUGGAAUUUUUUUUAUAGCUGAAUUGAUUAAUGAGUGCAUAUUUGAAGUAAAAGGGAGGAGUAAGACAGACUACCGGGUUAAAUACUGUUACAUCAAUCGUAAUCUUCACAGGUUAGCCGUCGCAAAAGCAACGGAGGAAAUACGGUUUGAGGUUCGAAAGAGUGAUGAUCUAACCUCUAAGAAAAGUCGUCAUUGUGUUAUCUGUUGUAGUAGAGACAAGUUCAAUUACCGCAGAGAUCAUGAUAAACAUCUUAUCUCUCUUGUCUUUCGUGGAGGGGGCAGCUUGGACAGAUUAUCUUGGUUGAGCAGAUUAAAACUACUUAAGAUACUUGAUUUUGAAGCUUCCACAGUCGUUGGCGAAGUUGGAAAGGCUUGA